AUCCAUUUCUCUUGUCAAUCAUGGCCAGCUAUUCAACUAGUUAUUCAAAUCCGGACUCACUCACAGAGCUCUCAAGCAUAAUAGAGCGGACGCUUAUUGAUACUGGUCGUUUGUUCCGCAAAUCUGGCUCUAUGCCAUCGAGAUCUCAUCUACAACGAUCCAUUCCCUUGUAUCAUGAUAGUUUCCAAAAUGCCCUGGAUAAUCUAUCAGAGCAAAUUUUCAUCGCGAAAGCCUUUUUAGAAAGGGACUACGAGGCUCUCAAGGCCACUACUGCCGCUCCCCAGCCCAUCGAAGAUGUGGCAAUGAGUGGUGUGAACCAACAGGUUGAACCUGACAUUCAAUCACCGCCGGUUGAACCUGACAUUCAAUCACCGCCGGUUGAGAAAGUCAAAUUAGACCCGGAGCUUGAAGCUAUGCCUAAAACAGAAGAAGCUGUUUCUGAAAACCAAUUAGCUCCGGCAGAGAUCAAGCCCGACACCCAAUCGGGCGAUGAUGUAGUUGUCAAAAAAGAAGGCGACAAUGUUGUUCCCGAUCAGUCAUUCCCUGGACCCAAUGAAGACCUCACGUUUGAUUCAGUUCUCAACGACGCUGGAGGCACAAAUGACUUUGGUCUUAGCUUAGACUUCAAUGAUGAUGACAUGGGCAAUCAAGCUUUCCUAUCCGGGUCGAAUUUCACAGCUUCUGGCGCUGCUGGUGGUGCGGACAGGUUAAACACGACUCAACCCCUGGGAAAUACUUCGGAUGUCCCUGCUGGUGGUGGUGCAUUUGACAUGGAACUACAGAAAACAGAGGGGGAUGACGGCAAUUUCCUACAGGGUAACUCCGGGGAGGAUUUCAUGGGGCCUGCUGAAUCAAACUUCGACGAUUUGUUCAUGGACACUGAUAACUUCGGAGAGAAUGGUGGGGACUUCAAUCAGCUGGAGGGGGACAGCCUGAUGAAUGUUAAUGAGCUGGAUGAUAAUUGGUUCAAUUGA